AAUAAAUAUUGUGCACCAUACAUUGUUCAAAAUCAAAGGUUUUCAAUCGGUUUUUUUUUUUGCUGAACGAAGAAGAAAAAAAAUGUUUUCGAAAUUAUUGAUUUUUUUCAUUGGUUUUAUCGUUUUGACGAUCGAAGUAAAUUCAGCUGAAUCAUGGAAACCAGUUUAUAUUCAACCCGAACAAUUACAUAUUUCAUUAGGUGAACAACCAACCGAAAUUGUUGCAACAUGGACAACAAUGGAAAAAACAUCCGAUUCAAUAUGUCAUUAUGGUGAAGAAUCUAAACAAAGUUUUGAUUAUUCAUCACGUGGUUAUCAACAAAAAUUUAUUGAUGGUGGUCCAAAAAAAAGACAUAUGUACAUUCAUCGUGUUUAUAUGAAAAACUUACAACCUGAUACACGUUAUAUUUAUCAUUGUGGUUCAGAAAAUGGUUGGUCAGAAUUAUUUUUCUUUAAAACAUUCCCAAAAGGUAAUGAAUGGCAACCACGUUUUGUUAUUUAUGGUGAUUUGGGUAAUGAUAAUGCCCAGACAAUGUCAAUGUUACAAGAAGAAAUACAACUUGGACAUCAUGAUCUUGUAACACAUGUUGGUGAUUUUGCAUAUGAUAUGCAUACUGAUAAUGCAUUAGUUGGUGAUGAAUUUAUGCGUCAAAUACAACCAAUUGCAGCAUAUGUACCAUAUCAAGUUAUGGCUGGUAAUCAUGAACGUGAUUAUAAUUAUUCAAAUUAUAAUCAUCGUUUUACAAUGCAUUCACAAGGCGAAAAAGAAAUUAAUAAUCAUUUUUGGAGUUAUAAUAUUGGUCCAGUACAUUUAAUUGCAAUUAAUACUGAUUUUUGGGAACAUAUCCAAUACGGUACACAUAUGAUUGAAAAUCAAUUCAAAUGGUUAGAACAGGAUUUAAAACGUGCAAAUGAACCGGAAAAUCGUAAAAAACAACCAUGGAUUAUAACAAUGGGACAUCAUCCAUUAUAUUAUCAAGCAACACGUCCGGAUAAUAAAAUACGUAUCGGUAAUGAACAAUUACCUGGUUUAGAACCAUUAUUAUAUAAAUAUGGUGUUGAUCUUUCAUUUUGGGCACAUGAUCAUAUUUAUACAAGAUUUCUACCUGUUUAUAAUGAAAAAAUUUUCAAUGGAACCCGCCAAGAUCCAUAUUUUAAUCCAAAAUCCCCAGUACAUAUUAUUACCGGUUCAGCUGGUUGUCGUGAAUUUGUUACACCCGUACAUUCAAAUCCAAAUCCAUAUACAGCAUAUGUAUCAAAUGAUUAUGGUUAUACUUAUAUGACAGUAUUGAAUGAAACACAUAUUCAACUUAGACAAAUUAGCCGUAAUCAAAUGGGUAAAGUUAUUGAUGAAUUUAUGUUGGUCAAAGAAAAACAUGGACCUGAAGCAUGGUUAUAUUAGAGAUAUGCGGAUUUGAAACAAAAUUAAUUUAAUUAACUAAAUU